UCUACAGUAGUUAGUUCACUCCCAGCCUGGGGUUCGUAACACUGUCAUCUUAGUGCUCCAUUUUACUGCUUUUAAAAAAUGACUUGAGAAUAGAGAAAUAUGCUGAAGAGCUUUUCAGCCCUGUGAUUCAGAGCAUUUGUUUUGUGGAUACUGCUACAAUCUUGAGUUAAAAGGCAAAGAGAAGAUGAAGGCCGAGCCUGAGCUUUAUGUCAAGUACACUCGGGUUUGGAUCCCCGACCCAGAGGAGGUGUGGAAGCCUGCUGAGAUUAUCAGAGACUACAAAGAGGGAGAAUCAGUCCUGCACCUCAAACUAGAAGAUGAAUCGACAUUAGAAUAUCCAAUUGGCCCCAAAGUCAACCCUCUUCCAUUCCUUCGGAACCCUGAUAUUCUGGUGGGAGAAAAUGACCUCACAGCACUCAGCUAUCUGCACGAACCUGCAGUGUUGCACAACCUCAGGGUCCGCUUCCUGGAGUCCAAUCACAUUUACACGUACUGUGGUAUUGUGCUGGUGGCGAUUAAUCCGUAUGAGCAGCUGCAGAUUUAUGGAGAAGAGGUCAUCAAUGCCUACAGUGGGCAAAAUAUGGGGGACAUGGAUCCUCAUAUAUUUGCAGUGGCAGAAGAGGCCUAUAAACAGAUGGCCAGAGAUGAGAAGAAUCAGUCGAUCAUUGUGAGUGGAGAGUCAGGAGCUGGGAAAACUGUGUCUGCAAAAUACGCCAUGCGCUACUUCGCCACUGUGGGAGGAUCAGCCAAUGACACAAAUGUAGAGGAGAAAGUGCUGGCUUCCAGUCCCAUUAUGGAGGCUAUCGGGAAUGCAAAGACGACACGGAAUGACAACAGCAGCCGCUUUGGGAAAUAUAUCCAGAUUGGCUUUGACAGAAGAUAUCACAUCAUUGGUGCCAACAUGCGAACAUAUUUGCUGGAGAAGUCCAGAGUAGUUUUUCAGGCUGAGGACGAGAGGAACUACCACAUCUUCUACCAGCUCUGUGCCUCAGCCUGCCUACCAGAGUUUAAAGAUCUAGCCCUGACCAGUGCAGAAGACUUCACUUACACCUCUCUUGGUGAGAACAUAUUCAUUGAGGGAGUAAAUGAUGCUGAGGACUUGGAGAAGACAAAGGAAGCACUUUCACUGUUGGGUGUUAAAGAGAGCCAUCAGAUGAGUAUCUUCAAGAUAAUUGCCUCCAUCUUGCAUCUUGGAAAUGUGGACAUUGUAUCUGAGAGAGAUGGAGAGUCUUGCCAUAUUUCCAGAAAUGACCCUCACCUGCAGCAUUUUUGCCAGUUGCUGGGUGUAGAGCUGGAGCAAAUGGAACACUGGCUCUGCCAUAGGAAGUUGGUGACCACAGCUGAGACCUAUGUGAAGAACAUGUCUCGUGCCCAGGCAGCUAAUGCUCGUGAUGCUCUGGCCAAACACAUUUAUGCCCGUCUCUUUGACUGGAUAGUAGAGCAUAUCAACAAGGCUUUGUACACCUCCUCCAAGCAGCACUCCUUCAUCGGCGUGCUGGACAUUUAUGGAUUUGAAACGUUUGAGAUUAACAGCUUCGAGCAGUUCUGUAUCAACUAUGCCAACGAGAAACUUCAGCAGCAGUUUAACUCUCAUGUGUUUAAACUGGAGCAAGAGGAGUACAUGAAGGAGCAGAUCCCAUGGACACUCAUUGACUUUUAUGACAACCAGCCCUGCAUUGACCUCAUAGAGGCCAAGCUUGGUAUCCUGGACCUGCUAGAUGAGGAGUGCAAGGUUCCUAAAGGAACAGAUCAGAACUGGGCUCAGAAGCUUUACAGCCAACACCUGAGCAGCCAGCACUUUGAGAAGCCAAGGAUGUCCAACAGCUCCUUCAUUGUUGUCCACUUUGCGGAUAAGGUUGAGUAUCAGUGCGUUGGCUUCUUGGAGAAGAAUAGAGACACUGUGUAUGAGGAGCAGAUCAACAUCCUUAAGGCCAGCCAGUUCCAACUGGUGGCAGAUCUCUUCCAGGAUGGAAAAGAUGGUCCAGCUCCACCCCCAUCUGGAAAGAGUUCAAGAAUCAACGUCCGUCCUGCUAAGCCCAUCAUCAAAGGCCACAACCGUGAGCACCGCAAAACUGUGGGCCACCAGUUUCGGAAUUCCUUACAUCUUCUGAUGGAGACUCUCAAUGCUACUACCCCUCAUUAUGUGCGCUGCAUUAAACCCAAUGAUGACAAAGAGGCCUUUAUGUUUGAUUCUAGAAGAGCUGUCCAACAACUACGAGCAUGUGGAGUUCUGGAGACCAUCCGCAUCAGUGCUGCAGGAUAUCCAUCCAGGUGGACAUACUCAGAUUUCUACAACAGAUAUCGGGUGCUCAUGAAGAAGAAAGACACGACUAUUGGUGAUAAGAAGCAAGUCUGCAGAAAUCUGCUGGAGUCCUUGAUCAAGGAUCCAGACAAGUUCCAGUUUGGAAAGACUAAGAUCUUCUUCAGAGCAGGCCAGGUAGCAUACCUGGAGAAGCUCAGGGCAGACAAGUUCCGCUUUGCAUGCAUUAAGAUCCAAAAAACUGUGCGGGGAUGGCUGCAGAGGACACGUUACCUCAAGAUCCGCAAGUCUGCCAUCACACUACAGAGAUACGGACGCGGCUACUUGGCACGCAGGUAUGCCGAGUACUUGCGACUCACCAGAGCAGCACUUAUCUGUCAGAAGCAGUACCGGAUGGUGCGGGUACGGCGUGCGUAUCUGACUGUUCGUCAGGCUGUCAUCACUAUCCAGGCCUUCACCCGGGGCAUGUUCACACGAAGGCUAUACCAGGAGUUCCUUCUCCACCACAAAGCAAUUAUCAUCCAGAGAACAGUACGUGGAUGGCUGGAGAGAAAGAAGUUCCUCCGUGCCCGGAAUGCUGCAAUUGUCAUCCAGUGUGCCUACCGCCGUGUCCUCGCCAAGCGGCAGUUCAAACAGCUUAAAAUCGAGGCUCGCUCAGCCGAGCGCUUAAAGAAACUCAACAUUGGCAUGGAGAACAAGAUUGUCCAGCUUCAGAGAAAGAUGGAUGAUCAGACAAAAGAGUACAAGACUCAGAAUGAGCAGUUGUCUGUCACCAACAUUGCUUUGGGCACAGAAGUCAACAAGCUGCAAAAAGAGCUGGAGACCCUCCGCAGUCGUCAAGGAGACAACACUCAGCUGACCUCACUGCAGGAGGAGCUUGAGAAGCUGAGGGCGGCACUUCAGGAAGCACACGCCCAAAGGAAGAAGCUUGAAGAGGAGCACAGCAGUGAGAAGCUUGAACUGGAGCAGAGAGUGGAGGAGCUGGAGAAGGAAAACUCAAUGCUGAAGGCAGAGAAAGAGGAAAUGAAUCAGAGAAUCCGCCACUCUCAAGGUUCUAAAGGUCAGGAGGGCACUGUGUCUCAGAAAGAAGUCCGUCUGCAGACUGAGCUUGAUGAAGAGAGGCUGCGCUAUCAGAACCUCCUGAAAGAGUUUUCCAGACUGGAGCAGAGAUAUGACAACUUGCAAGAGGAGAUUGCUUACAGCAAGUUUGCUCCAGGUCAUCGGAGGAACCCCUCUAACCAGAGCAGCAUAGGCUCUGAGUCACCCUUCCCCUCCAUCACCAUGUCUGAAGUGGGAGACACUGAAGACACCAUUCAGCAGAUAGAGGAGAUGGGCCUGGGGAAUGCAGCCAUGGAUCUCAGUGUGUUUAUGAAGCUGCAGAAGCGAGUGCGAGAGCUGGAGCAGGAGAGAAAGAGACUUCAGACCAACCUGGAGAAGAUGGAGGAGCUGAGCAAGCGCAAACCGAUUGAUCCAAAGAGCUCCACGUCAGAGGAGGACACAAAUGCAGAUCUGGCCUACAACAGUCUCAAGAGGCAGGAGCUUGAGUCUGAGAACAAGAAGCUGAAGAAUGAUCUGAACGAACUUCGUAAGGCAUUAGCUGACAGGGCCUCUGAGAGCUGCUCCUCCAAUGAGCUGCAAGACAGCUACAACCUGCUGCUCAGUCAACUCAAAGCAGCGAAUGAGGAGCUGGAUGUACGCAAGGAGGAGGUUCUUAUGCUGAAAACUCAGAUUGUCAGCACCACGAAGCCAACAGAAGACACCAAUCACAUUGACUCCAAUGAUGUCACAGAUUGGGCUAACAACAAAAAGCCGAUAGACAAGGAGGAGGCUCUGCAGGCAUACCAGGGACUCAGCGAGUCCAAGAGGCUGCUGGAGGCACAGCUGCAGUCCCAGUCACGAAAGCACCAGGAUGAACUGGAGGCUCUGCACACACAGAUUGAGGUGCUGAAGGAAGACUUGGAGAAGAAGCAGGAGAUGCUAAAUCACUUCAGCACCCUCUCCCCGGAGGCGCUGGUGGAGUUCAGCGUCCAGCAGGAGAUCACUCGCCUCACCAAUGAGAACCUGGAUCUCAAAGAGAUCAUGGAGAAGCUGGAGAAGAAUGAGAGGAAGCUCAAAAAGCAGCUUAGGAUCUACAUCAAAAAAGUUCAGGAACUUGAAGUGGCCCAGGCAGCAGCCAUGCAGGCUAACAGGGCCAGGCCAGAGCUGACCCGCCAGGUCACAGUGCAGAGGAAGGAGAAAGACUUUGAGGGCAUGUUUGAGUACUACAAAGAGGACGAAGCCUUGCUUAUAAAGGCUCUUGUCACUGACAUGAAGCCCCAUGUUGUGUCAGCCACGGUCCCCUGUCUCCCAGCCUACAUCCUCUUCAUGUGCAUCCGUCACGCUGACUACAUCAAUGAUGACCAGAAAGUGCACUCCCUGCUUACCUCGUCCAUUAAUGCUGUCAAGAAAGUUCUCAAGAAAAACAAUGAUGACUUCGAAAUGACCUCUUUCUGGUUGGCUAACACUAGUCGACUCCUGCACUGUCUGAAGCAAUAUAGUGGAGACGAGGCAUUCAUGACCCAGAACACAGCCAAACAGAACGAACACUGCCUGAAGAACUUUGACCUUGCAGAGUACCGGCAAGUUCUGAGUGAUCUGUCCAUCCAGAUCUACCAGCAGCUCAUUAAAAUAGCUGAGGCCAUUCUUCAGCCCAUGAUUGUGUCUGCUAUGUUGGAGAGUGGAAGCCUCACAGGGGUCAAACCCAUGGGCUACAGGCACCGUUCUUCCAGUAUGGACUGUGAGACCGGGGGUCCAGGGGGCUACACCCUAGAGGCUCUGAUCAGACAGCUGAGCCAGUUCUACACCAUCAUGGGAGAGCACGGGUUGGACCCAGAGAUCGGCCAGCAGGUCAUCCGCCAGCUUUUCUACAGCAUCAACGCCGUCACGCUCAACAACCUGCUGCUGCGCAAAGACGUCUGCUCCUGGAGCACUGGCAUGCAGCUCAGGUACAACAUAAGUCAGAUGGAGGAGUGGCUUCGGGAUAAGAACUUGAACCAGAGUGGAGCGGUGGCCACCAUCGAGCCUCUUAUCCAGGCUGCUCAGCUGCUGCAGCUUAGGAAGAAGACUUCUCAGGACGCUGAGGCUAUCUGCAAUACGUGCAGUGUGCUUAGCACACAACAGAUUGUAAAGAUCCUCAAUCUUUACACCCCCCUGAAUGAAUUUGAGGAGAGAGUCACUGUGUCCUUCAUUAGAGACAUACAGAAUCGUCUCCAAGGCAGAAUAGAAAACAACCAGCUCCUGGUGGACACAAAGCACACAUUCCCAGUGCUGUUCCCCUACACUCCUUCAGCCCUGAGUCUGGAGACCAUCCACAUCCCUGCCUCUCUCAACCUGGACUUCCUCAUACGAGUCUGACCUCUCAGUCUGUUUCUCUUUUGCUCUCUCAUGGACCCCACUGAAGCAGACCUGCAGGGGAGUACCCCCUAGCACAGCCCCACCAACCAGCAUACAAAAACCCUAUAGCUGGCAGGGAUACAUCAGCAGCCAGCGAGCCUUUCUGGCAGACUAAUUUCUGUGUUGUGGCACUUUCCUUUCUAUUUGGUGUUAAGAAGCAAAUCAUAAUGUGUGCAAAGAAGAACAUCAGGGUGUUACUUGGGAGAUUCUACAAUACUGAAAUGAACAGAGCUUCAGUUUAGCCCUAACAGAUCUAACAGUUUUUGUUUUCUACAUCAGUUCAUUCUUUCUUUGCAGCUAAUGAUUAAAAAGGCUAUUCCAGUCUCUGCACUGACACAGGGACAUAAUUUCUUUCACAACUCAUUCACAUCUUUUAUUAGGUUUUCUUGUAUGUGGCUUAACAGCCAGCAGAUCUAGUCUCUCAGCUGCUGCCAGCAAAAGCAGGAGAAACCUCUGCAUUGCAGUGGCUGCUGUCCGUGACUCACUCUGUCCAAGUGAAGCCCAUUCUUUCUCUUUUUUUCCUGCCUGGAAGAGUUCUGUGCCUGCAGCCAGUCCUUUUCUCUGAGAAGUCCAGGCAGCACUUGAGCAGGCUUCCAGAGAGAGGCUUUGACAGCCUGAAACUGUUAUGUCACAGCGUUAGUGUCCUGUGCCAUACAGCUCUCCUAAUACACAAACCGGUCAGGAGAGAGAUGGACAGGAGAGCGGCAAAUCAAAGUUGAACGGUGGAGCAGAGAAAUGAGGUGUUGUAGGAGACGGGAGGUACGUGAGCUGAGAUAGUAAAUUCUCUGUUUGGAAUAAGGGAAUGGUAAAUAUUUUACGCUGAGAACUAAAGGGGGAAAUUUGUAUGUGUUGAAGUGAAAGGCAUUUGGAAGUGGGGUGCAGGAAAGUGAGGAGGCGCUACAGUUCGUAUACCGAGGAAGGAAUUAUAACAGAAGAGAGGACCUACAAAAAAACAUGCCAUGUGUCUUUUUUUUGUCACAUCAUGUUGAUUUACAGAUUAAGGAAAGUUAUACAUGCAAUCCCAGAGCAAUAACUGCAAAACACUGUUUUCUAACAAAGAAUAUUUUACAAUCUGUUUUUUUAAUCUUCGUUCAUACAUCUGUAACAUGUCAACAGCAAAGACCAGGCUAUUGGUUUGAAAUACAGCUUCCUUCUCUAAUUGUAUUUAUCUGUUUUAUGAUAUAAAUGCACUGUUUUGCCUACUCUAAAGCAGCAGUGAGUUUUGAACUAGAGAGGGAAGGCUUUCGACUCUGUCUCUCUAAGAUUCAGAACUCUCAUUCAUACAUCAUUACCAAUAAUGAAUGGCUCUGUGGGUCUCUGUUAGCUUUAUACCACUUUUCAAUGCCAAUAAAAAAAGACCAUUGUGGAGUUUC